UUAACCUCCCACUUCACAGAUUGGGAUUCACGAUGGGUCCCGCUGUAAUCGAACAAUGUAAACAUGCCACCUGGCCGGGACCCUUGAGCGUUGUCGCCUCUCUUACAUCGGGAAGUUUUCCCCGGAUCUUGAGUCCCGCCAUUUUAUACAACCAUGGCGGUAAUAUCGGAGCAGAGCAGCCGUGGCUCAGUGGCAAAGAAGCGAACCGCCCCGCUCUCUGGGUGGAGUGUACUGCACUCCCCCUCCAUCGUUGCCGCGGGCUGCUGCUCUCACUAGGCCUCCUUGUUCCUCUCUUUCUUGCCUUGUCUUCCCCUCCGUUCUCCUUCAAAUGCGACGCUUUUAGCGAACACAGCAUGGCCGAAUGCGACCGAUCCGCCGCCGCCAGAUUCCGCCCCUGGCCGUCCUUCUCUGCCGCCACGCUCCGCCGCAAGUUCCUCGACGCCGUGGCCUGCGGCGCCUCCGGCCACCGCCGCGGCCGGAAAGAAGACCUCUGCUCGCUUGCUUCCCGCCCAACUACGAGGCGGCUGGAGGAGCUGAUGAGGGCCGAGGAGCCGGAAAGUUGCUCCGACCGGGGGGCGGUGGCGGAAACGAGGCGAAAGAUCGGAGCUUUCGAGGAGCUCCAGCGCGCGGCGGGGUUGCUUCAGCUUGGUGACGGCGACGGGGAGCUGGACCGGCGGAAAGAAGCGGCGGCCGAGGUCAGGAGGCUCGCUAAGGACGACCCGGGGGCGAGGAAGACGUUCGCCACGCUUGGGGCGAUCCCUCCUUUGGUCGCCAUGCUCGAUUCGAAGGAUUCCGAGCUCCAUCUCGCCGCGCUCUACGCGCUCCUCAACCUUGGGAUCGGCAACGACUUGAACAAAGCGGCUGCAGUGAAGGCCGGCGCCGUCCACAAGAUGCUGAAUCUGAUCGAAUCGGGGAGUUCCCCAUCGGUUUCGGAAGCCAUCGUGGCCAAUUUCCUCAGCCUCAGCGCUUUGGAUUCCAACAAGCCCGUCGUCGGAGCCUCGGGCGCGAUCCCCUUCCUGAUGUCCGCCUUCAAAAGUGGUAACUCCACGGCGAGGCAGGACGCUUUGCGCGCACUCUUCAACCUGUCCAUCGCUUCCUCCAACGCACCCCGCCUCGUCGACGCCGGCCUCGUCCCCGCGCUUUUCGCGUCGAUCGGCGACAUGGAGGUGAGCGAGCGGGCGCUCACGGCGCUCUCCAACCUCGUCGCAACCGGCGAGGGGCGGCGGGCGGUGAGCCGGUGCACCGACGCCGUCCCGACCCUCGUCGACGUCCUUGGGUGGUGCGACGCCGCCGGAUGCCAGGAGAAGGCGGCGCACGUGCUGAUGGUAAUGGCGCACAAGGGUGGGCCAUGCGACCGGGCAGCCAUGGUCGAGGCCGGCGCCGUGUCGGCGCUCCUCGAGCUCACACUCCUGGGCUCUCCCCUCGCCCAGAAGCGAGCUUCCCGCGUCUUGGAGGUCCUGACAGUGGACAAGGGGAAAAAGGUCACCUCAGCAGCCGCUUCCGGCGCUGUGGCGGUGUCGGCGCCUCUCUCCGUGGCCACGGCGGCGGAAGGGAAGGGGGACGACAGGAUGAGCGAGGAAAGGAGAGCGGUGAGGGAAUUGGUCCAGCAGAGUCUCCAUAGCAACAUGAGGAGGAUCACCCGGCGGGCGAAUCUGCCGCAAGACUUUGGGCUGUCGGAAAGGUUCACGGCGCUAACCACCACCUCGGCGACCAAAAGCUUGCCUUUCUAGGAGAAGAAGAAAGCCCUGUACAUGAGGAUCACAAAGGCGAUGAUGAAGGCUUUUUCCUCUGCUUCUCUCUCGUCUUCUCUCCUCUGUUCGGCUAAAAACUACAUCUUUCCUCUGUUCGCAUAAAAACUACAUCUUUUUACUUCCUUUCGUCUUUUCCUCUGCUUCUCUCUUGUCUUCUGUCCUCUGUUCGGAUAAAAACUACAUCUAUUUACUUCCUUUCGUCUUUGCUGCAGGUUUUGGUUAGAUUAUGCUGCACGGUAAACAAGAAAAAAAUUCGAGUUUGGGAUCAUUGACUCCAUCUGUCUCAGAAAGAACCAGUUCUUGGCCUCUCUGAUCUGUUUCCUCUACUGCAUGGGUUACACGUAGGUACGACUGAGUUUGACCUUGUCAUCACUGCUCCCAAGACCCUCUUCCCAUAUGCUGUAGACCUUUACACAAACAAACACGGAAGAGAGUCAGAGGGCUCUCCAACAAGAAGCAUGAAGCAAACAAACAGCUCUACUUAGCUGAAAUUUUAGCUGCUUGUGAAGAAUCUUUGGCAGGAUAGAUUGUUUGUUCACUGCUGAGGAAGAUUUUGGCAUUUUCCAGUAUUUAUGACUGUUUUUGUCAUGUAGCUAAAGAGUCAAAGUCGGUGUGUUGGAGUGCCUUUUUACCUUCACGGUUCUCAGCAUGGCCUCAUUAAGAACAGUAGAUUUCUGCUUGACGAAAGGUGUGGGAAUCUCUGGCAUAAAUGUGUGCCUUGGUUGGUGUAAUGUAUGCAUGGGAAAUGAUAAAAGAUAAAGCACAUCCCUAUUA